AUGGAGUGGAAUGUGCCGAAUAUAAGGCACUUAAUGAAGCAGGUAGAUACAGAAGACUUUAAUGGCAAGCACUCUCAUAUGCCUUGGCACGUUCAUAAGUGGCCUGAAGAGUAUUUGGGGUGGAGGGGGCAACAGCUAGGACAAAUUCAGCUGUUUCUGGGUACUAAUGACCCCCAGAUUCAACUUGUAGAAGGAGCUCCUAAAUCGAAGUAUACUGGGCAAACCACUUCCCUUCCAACAUGGAGUAUGAAAAUGGCUGAUGAAAGUGGGACGGAAUCUCUGGGCGGGGUUGGCGCCUUUAUUCCAGGUAUUAACGGGGUUAGGGAGUCUUUGAAUAAGACGACAAUGGCAAUUUUUCAAUUAUCAUUAAUUAAAUUGGCCGCAAAAGCCUUUUCCACUUCAUCAAGCCAGGUUAUGGGGUCCUGGUCCCCCCUGCGAAGUCGGGGUAAGAAACUAGAUUUAACUUCCGGUGG